AUGGUAGAAUUGAAACGUACUGUGUGGUCGGAUGGGAUAAUAACAAUUAAUGCUGGGGUGUAUUCCCAAGCGAAAAAGCAAUCUAACGAAUUCUCAUCAUCACCAAUAAACGGCAAUCGAAUAAUUUGUGCAACUGGAAUUUUGGAUACGAGUGGAUCGGUUAUCAAGGCUAAAGAGGAUAAGGAGUAUAACUUGGGUUGGCUGGCAGAUGUGAAUACUUCUUUACCAUCGCUGAAAGGAGACCUGCUAGUACCUGGUGCAAAAGAUCGAACGAGCCAACCGAAAGAGCAUCGUACUGUGUGGUCGGAUGGGAUAAUAACAAUUAAUGCAGGAGUGUAUUCUCAAGCGAAAAAGCAAUCUAACGAGAAGUUUGCAUACGAAAAAAAUGAAAAUUUUCCCGAAAUUUAG